CUCCCCCCUCCCCACCCCACUCCCCGGCUGGCACCAUGGGAUGUAACAUGUGUGUGGUCCGGAAGCCAGAGGAGCAGUACAAAGUGAUGCUGCAGGUGAAUGGAAAGGAGCAAACCCUGGAAGCACUGCGCUCCUCCAAGGAGCCCCUGGUGAUCCAGGUGCUAAGACGAAGCCCCCGGCUCCGGGGGGAUGGCUCCUGCAACGACCUGCAGCUGGUGGACAGUGGGACUCAGACUGACAUCACCUUCGAGCAUGUCAUGGCGCUGGGCAAGCUGCGCCCUCCCACUCCGCCCAUGGUCAUCCUGGAGCCCCCCCCCAUCGGCCAUGAGUAUUAUGACCCAGCGGAGUUCAUGGAGGGCAGCCAGCAGGAGGCAGACCGUGUGGAUGAGCUGGAGUAUGAGGAGGUGGAGUUGUAUAAAGCCAGCCACCGGGACAAGCUGGGCUUGAUGGUUUGCUACCGAACAGAUGACGAAGAGGAUCUGGGGAUCUACGUUGGAGAGGUAAAUCCCAACAGCAUUGCAGCCAAAGAUGGCCGGAUCCGAGAAGGGGACCGCAUCAUCCAGAUAAAUGGCAUGGAUGUCCAGAAUCGGGAGGAGGCAGUAGCAAUCUUGACCCAGGAGGAGAAUACCAACAUUUCACUGCUUGUGGCUCGGCCUGAGACUGAGCUGACCAAGCGGUGGAACGACAGCGACCGUGAGGACUUCUUAGAUGACUUCGGCUCUGAGAAUGAGGGGGACUUGCCGGUCCAGAAGCUUAAAUCCCCUUCUGCCCAUCAGCUUGAAAAUGAAGAUGGAAAGGGAGCUUCCAGUGCAGGCCCAGGUCUGAGCAAUAGCCAAGAGCUGGACAGUGGGGUAGGCCGGACUGAUGAAAGCACCCGAAACGAAGAGAGCUCAGAACAUGACCUGCUGGGAGAUGAGGCCCCAAGCACCACAAACACUCCUGGAAGUCUACGUAAAUUUGGCCUCCAGGGCGAUGCCCUGCAGAGCCGGGACUUCCACUUCAGCAUGGACUCCCUCCUGGCUGAGGGAGCUGGGCUGGGUAGUGGGGACGUCCCAGGUCUCACAGACGAGGAAUAUGAGCGUUAUCGGGAGCUGCUGGAAAUCAAAUGUCACUUAGAGAAUGGCAACCAGCUGGGGCUCUUCUUCCCGAGGGCAGGAGGGGGUAACAGCUCUCUGGAUGUCAACCGCAAUGAGAGCCUUGGCCAUGAGAUGGCCAUGCUUGAGGAGGAGCUGAGGCACCUGGAGUUCAAGUGUAGGAACAUCCUGCGAGCCCAGAAAAUGCAGCAGCUCCGUGAACGUUGCAUGAAGGCCUGGCUUCUGGAGGAGGAGAGUCUCUAUGACUUCGGGGCCAGCGAGCCGAAGAAACAUGAACUCUCGGACAUCACCGAGCUGCCUGAGAAGUCUGACAAAGACAGCACCAGCGCCUACAACACAGGCGAAAGCUGCCGCAGCACCCCACUGCUCAUGGAGCCCCUGCUAGAGAGCCCCUUGAGGCGGGUCACUGAUACCAUCUUCAAGGCUGCCCCGGGGAACUCAAACCUCAAUCAGACCACAUGUGGCCCCCACAAAGCUGUCCCCCAAGACGGGAGCCCGGCCAAGUUCCGUUCCCUCUCCCGGGAUGGUGAGGUUUGCCAGAGGCAGCACGCUGAGGAUCGACUCCGCCGCAGCCCUAAGACUGGAGGGGCAUUGGAGCAGGUGGGAGCAGAAGGCAGUCCUUACCUCUCUAGGCGCCACCGUGCGCAGGGUCAGGCAAGUGAGCGCUACCACAGCUGUGUACAGCUAUCUCAGGCCCGGGGCCUAGAGGAACUGAGCCACACCCCCCUGAGCCUGGCUAGCAUGUGCAAGGACUCCCUGGCCGGCCCCAAAGUUGCAGGGGCAGAAGCCCCACGCAUGGAGUGGAAAGUGAAGGUGCGAAGUGAUGGAACGCGGUAUGUAGCCAAACGACCAGUACGUGACCGGCUCCUGAAGGCUCGGGCCCUAAAGAUCCGUGAGGAACGGAGUGGCAUGACCACAGAUGACGAUGCCGUGAGUGAGAUGAAGAUGGGACGGUACUGGAGCAAGGAAGAGCGAAAGCAACACUUGAUCCGGGCACGAGAGCAGCGGAAACGGCGGGAAUUCAUGAUGCAGAGCCGGCUGGAAUGCCUGAAGGAGCAGCAGAACAGCGAGAGCAAGCACGAGCUCAACAUCAUUGCACUGAGCCACCGCAAAACCAUGAAGAAGAGGAACAAGAAGAUCCUGGACAACUGGAUUACCAUACAAGAGAUGCUGGCCCAUGGAACCCGGUCAGCCGAUGGCAAGAGAGUCUACAAUCCGCUCCUGUCCGUCACCACUGUGUGAACCUCCCAGCUAGGCCCUUAACUGAGACACACACAGCCCAAUGAAUCUCCGGCUUCAUAGUCUCUUUCCCUUGGAGACUAGGGUGUUAUGUGAGUGUGUGUGUGUGUGUGUAUAUUGGGGUGUGUGUGUGUAUGUGUGUGUGUAAGAAACCCAAGUUAUCUGCAUACCCAAGGUCAACAGGAAGGUGUCAGGCCUGCUCUGUGUAUGUGUGUGUGUGUACACGCGCACACACACAUACACUGCCCUCCCCCCCUCCAGCUGGGGUGUAAGGAGACAGGGAAAAACUAAAUGAAAAAGUUGGGGAGGGAGGAAGACUCUGCCAAGCACAAAGCAUUUCCUUACCUUGGAUUUCGAGCACAGACUCCUUCUUCGAGCACAAAAGUCCCCGUGGAUGGUAAUGCCUCCCUCAGCUCGCCUCCACUGUGCCGUGUCUACUGGGGGCCCACUGGGAGCCUUGUUCAUGGACAAAAGCAACCUUGAUUUUGUGGUCUUUAUCCUUUUCUGUGCUUGCCAAUAUUUGUUUUUAUGUUUUGUGAACCUGCCCAGGGGCCAGCAGCUCCUUAAGGUGACUAGCCAGGAGCUAAGAGUGAUGUCUGUCUGGGAAGAAGGU